AUGCUGGACAUCGGUCGAGGGUCUCGAGAAGGCGCUAUUUCCCUCGAAGCGUCGAUCAAGAACUGCGGUCGGACAAAGCAAUGGAGCGCAGCACUGCGGUUACUCCGCGAAGGAAUUCGAUUAGGUGUGCAACUCGUCUCAAGCCACUACAUUGCGACUGUCAGCGCAUGCAGAACAGGCGGGUUGUGGCAACACGCGCUGUCAGUACUGAGCGAGAUGUGGCAGGCGAAGCUGGAACCCAACGUCAUCAGCUACAGUGCUGGGAUUAGUGCGUGCGAGAAGGGCGAGCAGUGGCAGCGGGCCCUGGCGCUGCUGAGCGAGAUGAGGGAGGCGAAGCUGGAGUCCAACAUCAUCAGCUACAGUGCUGGGAUUAGUGCGUGCGAGAAGGGCGAGCAGUGGCAGCGGGCCCUGGCGCUGCUGAGCGAGAUGUGGGAGGCGAAGCUGGAGCCCUACUCACUUACAACGCUGGGAUCAGCGCGUGCGAGAAGGGCGAGCAAUGGCAGCGGGCCCUGGCGCUGCUAA